AUGGCUACCUUUGCGCCUACCAAUUUUCCUUCAGACGUCGGCGAGAAACCCCACCAGGAGCCCCCACCAAAGCAUCUCCAACACGGACCCUUCUCCCAUCAACUCAACCCGCCAACCGCGCCAUACACGUCGAAUCCACCGCAGGUAUCACGACGAGCUUCACGCGACCUCCGGCCCCAGCAUUCCAACGGCGCAAUGGCGGGCGCAAACGGUCAUGGACCCAUGGCAGUGCCUGGCGGGCGCAUCAAUGGCCAAGAGCAUCGAGCAAACUUGCGCGACAUGGGCUUUGCUGGCCCGCGCAGUCCGCCAAACAACAAGAAUACCUCACACGUGCCCUGCAAGUUCUACCGGCAAGGCGCAUGUCAGGCUGGGAAGGCGUGCCCGUUCUUGCACUCCGAUGAGCCGCUGACAGAGCGAGCGCCCUGCAAGUAUUUCACAAAGGGAAACUGCAAGUUCGGCCAGAAAUGUGCUCUCGCCCACAUCCUCCCCAACGGCCAUGUCGUGAACCGCGGAAAUGCCGGCGGCCACUUCAGCCGCAUGAACAUUCCACACCAUCAGGAGCUACCUAUGAACAGCUCGCUGCUUACCAUGCAGGCACACAUGGGCGGUAUGCAGCCCGGCUAUCCUUACGCCAUGCCCGACGAAUACGCGAACCAGAAGAACCAGUACGACAUGAUCCCGACCAUUGACACCACUUUCUCUUCCCACCCAGGUUCCAACUACGGCUCUCCGCCAAACGAGAACGGCCGACUUCCAAUAUCGCCAACCCAAAAGGGCCUGAGCGUCAUGGACGUAGGACUCCCAGCCUCGUUCGACAGCCAGGGUGUCUCCACCAUGGCCCGAUAUGGCCCCAUCGCCUCCUCCGUACCCGCCAAGUUCCUUGCAAACUCUCCGCCAUCCUCAUACCAAGCCGACUCGCCUGCUCUCCGAAACCUACACGACUCUGCAUUUGGAGAUGGUCUGCGGAGAGGCAUUGCGGGAUUGGGAUCAUCCCCGCCAGAAUCCGUCGAGCAGCCAGUGGGGCGGAGGAUGCUACAUUCCGAGCUUGCUGCUAAUCGGUCUCGGGGUAUCAUGUCUUCAAGUGUGGGCGCGCGUCCGACGUACAAGGACGAAGAAUGGGAUGAGACGGACAUGAUUGGCAAAUUCGAGGAAGACCUACUGCCAAACUCGCUCAGCGAUCUUCUCACACCCCAGGAAAAGAUGCGCCGCUUCUCCCGUGACCAGGGCGAGAGCGACAACCGCACCUCACAAUCCAGGUUUGGUGUAUCGCCAACAGCAUCGGACCUUAAAUAUGGAUCCCCAUCGGCCGCAACCGCCUCCCCCUCGCGCUUCCAGUCCAUGUGGGCCAAGCCGAGAGGACCGACCUACGAGCAAGGGUUUGAAUCAGGUUCCCUCCCAGGUCAGUCAGCUUUCGGACACGUCGGCUCACCACUACGCAACUCAAGCCUCCACCCGGGAGCCAGCCCUUCGUUGCGCGCUAUGAAUCGACCGACUACUGGUGAUAUGAGCCCUUACCUAGCUUCGCCUCCCCGUCAAGCUUCCAUGAGCAUGAUCAGCCAACAACUGCAGCGAACUCGACUAUCAUCUCGUGAAGAGACUGGCAUCACCAGCAACCCCGUCCAUCCGGGGAUCAACCGCGUUACCUCGGCAUCCAGCAUUGGUAGCUCCAGUGGGCGUCUUGGUAUCGAUCGUGCUGUAAGCAGCAGCAGCAUUAACCGCGAGAGGAUCGAGGAAGAGCAAGGUCUUUUCAGUAUGGAAGAAGAGGACGACCUCAACAAGAGCAGGGAUGGUGCCUCUACUACCUCCAGUACGAGCAACAAACGUUUAAGUGGUCUAUCCUGGGGCAGUGGCGGCAAGGGCAGCCCGAACCUUGCACCUGUCGGCGGCCAUCGCACUACUGGCUCGUCUGGACUCGGAAAAGAAACCGGACCUUGGGGUAGCAAUGCUUGA